UCUCCCCCCCCAGCACGGCGAGCGGAUUCCGUUAUGGUCUACCGGGAAUCGGGAUGAAUCCUAAAGCGUCUACUCCGUACUUGAUCAGUGAUCAUAGUAGUCGACACAUGCAGCAAUCGACAGGCUAGCAACUUCCAGUAUGAUGGGUGUAAUUUUUUCCCCCGUAAAGUACGACCAUACCUCCGAAAAGUCCGAUUCUGAUAGCUGGUGGCUUAAUGCUUCAGAUCGAGCUGCUUAUCAAAUAUCAGGGCAGCUUAGACAGCAAGACGGCUGGCCUGCUAUAGGUCGGACUCUGCUGAAACUUUGAUACAUGUAAUCAAAAUACAUACAUCGUGAUAAUCAUAAGCGGUUAUUUGUUGAUUAGUGAAUAGCUUCUUUUCACUUCGACUUAUACAGUCAUGGCUGAAUCAGGAUCUGUGAUGGCAUCUGCUCCACCCCUCCAUCGGUGACGUCUAGUGAAGCCGGUAAAACCGAUGACAUGUGGCGAUUGCUGUACUUGUAUGUGUUUUAUCGAUGGUGAGGGAUGGAUCUUGACGGACAGAAAGUCAUGAUGUGUAUGCGUGCAAUUGAUUAGAAGAAACAACACUAUUCGGAUUUCCGCUGGAUGAGUGUAUGUAUCUCCGGAUUGACGAGUAUCGUAAUGGGAUUACCUGAGCACCCCCUCUAAUGUAGAGAGGCUCUGCCCCACCAAAUGACUGAUCCUUAGUAAGGUGACAAAUUAUCCAGUGACCUGGUAGCUUAGCGGAAGUCGCUGGGUACAGAAGAGUGGAAGCAUCAACCCCAACUCCUCUCUUCCUCUUUUUCUCUUCUUCUUCUACUUCUCUCCUCUCCAUCACUACUCUUGUCGCUCUCCCCCUCCAACAAGCGAUUCCUCCCAGUAUCUAUCGCUUCACAUAUCACAAUGUCGAACACUCUCAUCCAGGCCGAGCACGGUCACUCCGCUAGCUCCGUGGAACUUAAGGAUGACACCGUCAUCAUUGUCCUGGGUGCCUCUGGUGACCUUGCAAAGAAGAAGACAUUCCCUGCUCUGUUCGGUCUGUACCGAAACAAAUUCCUCCCCAAGGAUAUCAAGAUCGUCGGAUAUGCCCGUACAAAGAUGGACCACCCCGAGUUCCUACGACGAGUAAAGUCCUAUAUCAAGGUCCCCACCAAGGAAAUGGAAGAGCAACUCGAGGAAUUUUGCAAAGUCUGUACAUAUGUCUCUGGUCAAUACGAUCAGGACGACUCUUUCAUCAAUCUCAACAAGCACCUUGAAGAUAUCGAGAAGGACCACAAGGAACAGAACCGCAUCUUUUACAUGGCUCUUCCACCUAGUGUCUUUAUCACCGUUUCAGAGCAGUUAAAGAAGAAUUGCUAUCCCAAGGGUGGUGUUGCAAGAAUUAUUGUCGAAAAACCAUUCGGCAAGGAUCUCGAGAGCUCGCGGAAAUUGCAAAAGGCUUUGGAACCCAACUGGAAGGAAGAGGAAAUCUUCCGUAUUGAUCAUUAUUUGGGCAAGGAAAUGGUUAAGAAUAUCCUCAUUCUUCGAUUCGGUAAUGAGUUUUUCGGUGCCACCUGGAACCGUCACCACAUUGAUAACGUUCAGAUCACCUUCAAAGAGCCUUUCGGUACGGAAGGUCGUGGCGGUUAUUUCGAUGAGUUUGGCAUUAUCCGUGAUGUCAUGCAGAACCAUCUUCUCCAGGUGUUGACCUUGCUCGCCAUGGAGCGCCCCAUCUCGUUUUCUGCUGAAGAUAUCCGUGACGAAAAGGUGCGUGUCCUGAGAGGAAUGGAUGCUAUCGAGCCCAAGAACGUCAUUAUUGGUCAAUAUGGUCGCUCCCUCGAUGGCAGCAAGCCCGCAUACAAGGAAGACGAUACUGUCCCCAAGGACUCACGUUGCGCUACCUUCUGUGCUAUGGUCGCCUUUAUUAAGAACGAGCGCUGGGAUGGUGUGCCUUUCAUCUUGAAGGCCGGAAAGGCCCUCAACGAGCAAAAGACCGAAGUCCGUAUUCAGUUCAAGGAUGUUACUUCUGGCAUAUUCAAGGACAUUCCUCGAAACGAGCUUGUCAUCCGAGUGCAACCCAACGAGUCUGUUUACAUCAAGAUGAACUCCAAGCUUCCUGGUCUUUCCAUGCAGACUGUUGUGACCGAGCUCGACCUUACCUACCGCCGCCGUUUCUCUGACCUCAAGAUCCCCGAGGCCUACGAAUCUCUUAUCCUCGAUGCCCUCAAGGGAGACCACUCCAACUUUGUCCGUGACGAUGAGCUCGACGCCAGCUGGAGAAUCUUCUCUCCCCUCUUGCACUACCUGGACGACAACAAAGAGAUUAUCCCCAUGGAGUACCCUUACGGCUCCCGAGGACCUGCUGUUCUGGAUGACUUUACUUCAUCCUUCGGAUACCAAUUCAGUGACGCUGCCGGCUACCAAUGGCCUCUCCACUCUACCACCCCCAACCGACUGUAGAUGAUGGACGAAAAUGCUAAUGCAAAUGAAAAACGAAAAUCUGUGCGAACAAACGAUAUAUGCCGAAAUGAGACGAGAUCAAUGAAAUUAUCGGCAUCCUACUAUACGAUGAUGAGAUGAUGAUAUAGACGUCCUGGAAGCGAUCCUGGAGCUCGUUUUCGGAGUCUUGUGAUUGUGACUAGUUAGUUAAUUAGGAGGGUGAUACAGAGAUGACAUGACUUGAAACUCAAUUUUUUUUUAAUCUCUUCUUCUCUAGAGUAGUCAUGAUCAAUUAUAUCUUUCUUUGCUA